AGGAGAUAGAGGAGAGGAGAGGAGAAAAAACAGAAGAAAAUGAGCUUUUUUUCUAGUUCCACGUUCCUUCAAGGAGUGUUUUUCUCUGUCCAGCUCUAUAAAAUCGAUGCCACAUGAACAUGGUCAACGGUCAGAGGCGUUUAUUAAUAGUCAUUCCGCCAAGUAGAGGUGUUUAAAUGGAAAAAUUAGAAGUUGGGGGCCGGCUUAAAAAUUGGGUGCAACUGUAUUUUGUCUCAACUUUUAGCACCUUGGGAUGGCUGUGGGAUGAGGCAGGGGGGCUUCUUGGGCCUUAUCCUGAUUGAGGAAGAAGGAUACGACAGCCUUCACAAGUGUAAGGGAGAACGACAAGUUUAGAGAUUAGAAUAUGUUUUGAGAAGUGUAAAUAGUGUUUUGCAUCUAAGGAGGUGGGUUUCAACUGAGUAGUAUUAGGGGAGUUUUUAAUAGAGAAAUGACUUCUACUACAUAUUAUGGACGCUAUAUUUGCCAAUCUACUCAUCGCCUUGCUGGUUUACGUGUAGCAAUUUUGUAACUUGAUCAUUAUGGCUGGUGAAUCUUUUCAUCCAUGAUUGUUAAGCCCAAGGAGUGGAAGCUGUACCAUAUUACAGGUGUCAAGCUGAUAUAGCUUUGUAAGUCAACCUCUGGCAGUUGGAAGGAAGCAAUACUUGCCUUGUCGCAUGGAAUGGACAGAAUUAGCUAUGUCAAAACAGACAGCAACUGAAAGAAUAUGAGAGACAAGGAUCCAAAAUUGGGUACAAACAAAACUUCGUCUAUGACAGCUCAACCAGAAGGGCCAUCAAUCGACCUUGAGGAAUACUCGGCAUCAAAGACUCUGAUUCCUUUUGACCAACCAGUCCCUCUACUUCGAGGUCCCAUCAGGGCUGGCCCACAAGAAGAAACAGCUGGGCGAUUCAUCCUCGCAUUUAAAGACCCUAUCUCCUGGGCCUCUGCAUACAAAGCUUGUGAGUCUCAAGUUAUUCAACAAUGUGAAUCCGGAGCUAGGAUUGGUUGCUCCAUCGUAGCCUCAGACAAAUGUAAAACCCCUUGGUGGAAAUCAUUCCCUGGCAGUGCUUCCAAUCAAGACUUUGCAGAGAGGGCGAGAUGUGAAGAACGUGAAAUGGAGGCUUGCCUCGAAGCAGCAAAGGGAAAGUGCCGUGAAUUCGCAAAGCAGAAGUGCUUCCCAGCAUUUCGUGAUGCAAGGAUUGCAGUAAAAGGUUUGAGUCCCAAGGUGAACCAAAAAGAGUUAUCCAGGCUAAUUUCUUGGGUGAACUUUGGGGACAAGUGUCAGAUAACUGAUCUUUGGAGAUUAGAGAGGCCUUGGCUUGAGUUUAAGUCACAGCUUGAAGUAGCUUAUUGCAAAGGGAGUGAUAUAUUAGGUUCAGAGACACAGAAAUUAAUGAAAAUUUGAGAACUGAUUUUCAAAAAUAGUGCAUUGAGUUUAUUUUAUUAGUAAGUGAAGUUUAAUGGGACUGCGAAUGUUCUUGAUCCCAUACUUUAGAAAUCUUUCUUUUGCUUCUUGUAUUUGACAUUUGCUGCUGUACUGAUUGUACACUACCACAAUAUAGUCAAAUGUGCGACUUUGACCAAGUAA